AUGGAAGAGCUGUACCAAGCUAACGACUUUCGGAAGUUCCACGAGAAGCUGAACAGUACCCGUAAAGGCUACGUACCGCAAGCCGAUUUGUGCAGGAGCUUGGACGGCAACCUCCUAACGGGUGAGUGUAAGGUGGUCGAAAGGUCGAAGCAACAUUUCGAUGAGCAUCUGAACGGCGAUGCCUUGGAGCGCGAGGACAAUAAAGCACAUGGUGCGGAUUUACUGGAUAUUGCUGGUUCCUGCUAUAAUAAUUUACAAGGCCUAUUAACGACAGGCCUCAGAUUAGAUAAGUUGGAGGCAUCUUGGAAGGCAUUUUGCGAGCUACAAGAAGAGAUAGCCGUACUAGAUACAGAGGGUGAGUUGGAAGAGGAGACGAAUAAGGCAUAUACCGAUUUCGAAGAACACUAUUAUACGAUUAGGGCAGAGUUGUUAAACAAACUGGCAAUUCCGAUACCGGUCAAUUUAGAUAACACUAUUGGUCGAAAUAACAGCUCUUUUGGCUUGCACACAGGGGUACGUCUUCCACAAAUUUCAUUGCCUGAGUUUGAUGAAGACUACAAAGCAUGGCUUUCGUUCAAGUCGAAUUUCGUGGCGCUGAUACAUGACGCCAUUGAAUUAAAUGAAGUUCAAAAAUUUCAUUAUCUAAAAUCUGCACUAAAAGGGGAGGCAGCCAAGCUUAUCGAGUCUCUCACGAUCACUAGUGGAAAUUAUCAAAUAGCGUGGGACACCAUCACCAAACGCUAUUCCAAUGAAUAUCUGCUAAAGAAGCGGCAUCUUCAAGCACUGAUGGAAUUUCCGAGAAUCGAAAAGGAAUCUGCAGGACAAAUACAUGGGCUAGUGGAUGAGUUCGACCAGCGACUGAAGAUAUUGAACCAGCUCGGUGAAAGUACGGAACACUGGGGUGCAAUGAUAAUACACUUAAUGUGUUCGAAAUUGGAUAAGCAUACGCUUCAGCUGUGGGAGGAUCACGCUGCAUCAUUGAGGGAACCCACGUUCGUAGUAUUGGUGGACUUUUUGGAAAAAAGAACAAGGGUUUUGGAUGCUGUGUUAUCUAACAUUGGGGGUCAUAGUAGCACCCAACCGAAGACGAUGGUUAGGCGUGAGCGUAUGGUGGUACACGCGGCUUCGGAAGGCGGAAAGAAUGAUUCGAUUUGUCAGUACUGCAGCGAAAUGCAUAAUUUGGUUCGGUGUACAAAGUUUCAGAGUCUCGGGGUCAAAGAAAGGUUGGAUUUCAUCAACAGCAAGCGAUUAUGCAGCAGCUGUUUCAAAGCGGGUCACUGGGUAACGGGGGAAACAACAACGAUAAAAUUUUGGACGGAAAUAAAACAGCAAAUGUCUCAGGACGGAGAGAUAAUGCAGCUCGUUCACAUGUGGUUGCAGAAACGCAAGUGGUGGAACAGAAAGAAUAAGCAGAAACAACCGGAUCGUACAGCAUCGAUAAAGGAUCAAUAUGGUGGUGAGCAGCUAGCUCGAGCAUUGCUGAAUAAUGGAUCACAGAUCAAUGUCAUGAGUGAGCGACUUUGCCAAAUGCUAAAGCUGAAACGGAGAUCUAUACGUGUUCCAAUAACAGGGGUUGGACAGUCGGAAUCCAUAGCAAGGCAUGCAGUUAAAAUAACAAUUAGUUCGAGAAUUAGCGAAUUUUCUAUUGGCUUGGAAUUUUUAAUACUGCAGCGGGUGACGGCGGAAAUUCCUUCGAAGACAGUUUAUAUUUCCCAUUGGAAUAUUCCUAAAGAUAUUCAACUGGCGGAUCCACAGUUCAACAUUAGCGGUCGCAUCGAUUUGCUACUCGGAGCAGAACAUUUCUUCAGUUUCCUGUAUGAGAAUAAAAUGGAGAAGAUAGUCCUGGGUCCUCAGCUACCAAUAAUCGUAAAUUCCGUUUUCGGGUGGAUGGUAACUGGAAAAGAUGCGAGUGUACAGGCAGGAAGCGUGGUUCAGUGUUGUAUGGCAACCACCACCGAGAGAAUUGAGGAGCUGUUGGAAAAAUUCUGGAGAGUUGAAAGUUGUGAGGACCAACCGGCAUGGUCAAAGGAGGAACAGGACUGUGAGGAGCAUUUUAGGGCUACGCAUUCAAGAUCAGAGGAGGGUCGCUACGUCAUUCAGUUACCGAAAUGUGUCAAUUGGGACCACAUGCUAGGUGAGUCACGAGUAACAGCGUUGACCAGUUACAGGAAAUUGGAAAACCGGUUGGAGCAUGACAUUAAUAUGAAAGAGCAGUAUCAUACUUUCAUGAAAGAAUACUUGGCUAUGGGGCACAUGCGGUUAUUAACUCAAGCGGAACAGCUGGAGGAGAGCAAAGGAUUGGAACGGCCAAGAGUUUAUUAUUUGCCUCACCACGCUGUGAUUAAAGAAUCCAGUUCUACUACGAGGGUACGCGUCGUAUUCGAUGCUUCGGCGCGUACGGAUAGCGGGUACUCUCUAAACAAUAUUCUUCUCAAGGGACCCCAAAUACAGGAUGAUUUGUUUAAUGUAUUGAUACGUUUCCGUAAGCAAGAAGUGGCGCUUGUAGGAGACGUAGAGAAGAUGUAUAGGCAGAUACUUCAGGACACAAAGGAUAUACUUCGGCUAAGGAUAUUUUUUCGUUUCACGAAGGAUGGUCCCAUUGACGUCUACGAGUUACUUACUGUAACAUAUGGACUCACCCCUUCGUCCUUUUUAGCAACACGGGCGUUACAGCAAUUGGCAGAAGACGAAGGAAAGGAGGGCACAAAGUCUCGGUCGGCACUGCUCAAGGACUUUUAUGUUGACGACUACAUUGGCGGAGCCUCAACUGUCGAUGAGGCUAUAUUAUGGGUUUUUCAGGGAUCGGGAUGA